GAUUUACAAUAAAAAAAAUAACAAUUAUUACCUAGAAGUACUUUUUUGUAUGUUUCAGUUUAGAAUAGCUUUUUUAAACACUAUAUUCCCAGAUACACCUCUCAAUAAUACUCUGGUAGAAAUUUAUUUUCUGUUAUACUUCAACCAAUAAAAUAACACAAAUGAUAGCAACUUAAUUUACGUAAUUGACAUCAGAUUUAAUCCAGUUGAAUAAAACUUUAUGUUAUACAUAAAACUACAAUUAAAUUAACGUUGAAAACACAUUUUGUAUGGCAUAUCUGUAGACAAUAAACACUGUGUUAUGUGCAUAUACUAUCACAUCCAUCGCUCAGAAAUAUUGUCUCAUAACAAAAUAUUCGUAUCUGUGGGAAUUUUGUAGCGUAACAAAACUCUUCCAAAAGUCCACUGUAAUAUUUAUAUUGAUUACAAUAUUAUAUAUUUUAAUACCUUGAAUGCUAGCACACAUACGCCUACGAAAACAACACCAAUAUCACUGGCUUUAUCUAGGAGAGAUGGUGUAUGAUGCUUGGUUGAUGGGUAAUCCACAGAAUAGAUGUUAAUGUAUGGCAUGGCCAAUAUUAUGGAUUACACUGGUUCAUUAAAGCAUUUCUCCCGAUCAAACUAUCUAUUUUUCAAUUUGACUCAUGUGCAAUUUUUGCUUACUAGUAUAUUCUAUGACGGUCCUGUAUUCACAUUUACACGGAGCAAAGCUGGAGAAAGUGUGACGUUAUACCCCUGAACUGUGACGUUCUUGUCAUAACCGAUUCUCGCACUGGCGAUGUUAUUAGCGUUUUCACUGAACUCUGCGCAUGAUCUGUGCGCACUGUUCGUUUGUGACGACACUGCCAAGAAAACCUGGCUUCUAAAGGAACGCCACGGGCCGUGCUCAGGAGCAAGAUACUAUACUAGGGCACAGCGGCGGAGAUCACCAGGCCGCUUCGACCUUUCGCUAGGCCUACCUUUAACGAAGGACCCCAGAGGAACAGGCUCAUCCUGUAUGUGUAAGGACAUUGUCCAAGGAUACGAACGCCGCUAUAUGUAUCCUGGCUACCCCAGCUCAUGAGCAGCUCUCACUGGGAGUCUCGGUCGACCACAAGUGGCGGCCGCUUCGACUUUGAUGAUGGGGGUACAUACUGUGGUGGGUGGGAGGACGGCAAAGCGCAUGGCUAUGGUGUGUGUACAGGCCCCAAGGGGCAGGGUGAAUAUAGCGGUUCAUGGCACUAUGGGUUUGAAGUGUCAGGGGUGUAUACUUGGCCCAGCGGCAGUAAUUACGAAGGUCAGUGGCAAAACGGCAAAAGACAUGGCCUAGGAGUAGAGACCCGUGGCAGCUGGAUGUACCGUGGAGAAUGGACCCAGGGGCUAAAAGGUCGAUACGGUGUCCGGCAGUCAAUGACAUCGGAGGCAAAGUAUGAGGGAACGUGGGCUAACGGACUGCAAGACGGAUAUGGAUCUGAAACUUAUGCCGAUGGUGGCAUUUACCAAGGGCAGUGGCUAAGAGGUUUACGUCAUGGUUACGGUGUACGUAAUAGCGCCCCCUUUGGCUUGGCUUCACAUACUCGUCCAAAGAAUGCUCGAUUUUCUGUUUCGUCUCUGGAACAUGACCACGUUGACCCUGCGAGUAUAAGAAAUCGAAAAAUAGAUGACUGCCGGGGAGGCUUUGUACUGAAGGCGAAAAGUGACGAACCUCCUCCCAGAAGACGAUCUCUUGUCGAUAAAUCCUCAACUUUAAAGAAAACAAUCCUUCAGACCUUGAAGCUGAGGAAGCAAAGAAGUACAGGUGAUCUUAAUCGGAAAGAAGGAUCAUCAUCUUUCCGAAGUACAAGAUCGACAGGAAGCUCGGGUAGUUCCGAGUACAGUCCAUCCGGCUUGACCAGAACCUCCGGCCGUACGGAUUCCAGUGUCAGCUUUGUGAGUCAGGAUGACGUCAUGGAUACUAAUGUCGUAGAGGCGUACAUGGGCGAAUGGAAGAACGACAAGCGGUGUGGUUUCGGUAUUUCGGAACGUUCAGACGGGCUGAAAUAUGAAGGCGAAUGGUAUAACAACAAAAAGUAUGGCUACGGUGUUACGUCUUUUAAAGAUGGGACCAGAGAGGAGGGCAAGUACAAAAACAACAUUCUCUUGACCUCAGGAAAGAAAAAACACUUGUUCUUGCUCAGGUCAACUAGGAUUCGUGAAAGAGUAGUAGCAGCAGUUAACGCCGCAGUUAGGGCUUCACAACUAGCUCUACAGAAGGCUGAUAUUGGCAUAUCAAGGACAGCCACUGCAAGAGACAAAGCAGAACAAGCGGACGUUGCUGCCAAGAACGCAAUAGAAGAAUCUAAUUUUGCAAGGAUAAUCGGAAAGCAGUUUGCUCCAGAAUUUCAGCAGCCAGGAUUUCACCUGUUAAGGACAAAUCUUCCUGAGGUCAGCAAGCUCCGAGUAUCUGGAAACCCUCAUCAGGAUACACCCCAGAGGUCCAGAUCUCUUUACUCUCCGUCAGUAAGUGCCUCACGUGAUAACAUCUCGGAUAAUCCUGGGAUCCAAAAAGAUGUAGAAAGUCCCGCUGUCGAGGGGUUGACUCUUAACAUCGAUGACUUUAGUGCCAGAACACCUCAAGGAUCUCGAGCUCCAACCCCAGCACCAGAGCUUUACCAAGGGGGACGGAAACCUUCUAGUUUCCUUGACCCCUCGAGAGGUGAACCACUAAAUUGCUCUCCUCAGGGGUCAUUCCGCCGGGCUAGAGAACCCAACCCACCGGAUAGUGAAAGAAGUUAUACCUUCCAAAACGCCCUCGCCGAACAUUUUGAUCAAUAUCGGUCCAAUCCCAGCAAUUCUCGAUCUCGAGCUAAGCAUUCCCGUAAAACAACCAAUCCUCCCACCAUAAUCCUCGCCCCUCUUCGCCAGCGCCAGGACUGUACCCCUGACUCAGGAGUGUCUGAGACAAUGGACGGUGAGGAACAGUCUCCAGGUCGUGUGCCCCGCCGCUCGACUCUACCAAACCUGUAUGCUGAAAACUUCCAAGCAGAAGCAUUUCUUGCGGAAGGUGAUGGAGAGGAAGGCCAGCUACAACCGAAUCAUACUGGACCUCUCAAACGGAAGAAAAGCCUGCCUAAUGUCGAGUCUCUCGUUGAAAAGACCUAUGUUAUGUCCAGGGAGGAGGUGGCCGAGCUGAGCUCUCAACGACGCGAGGAAAUCCGUAGAAGCCAUGAAGAAGCUGAGAGGCUCCGAGCAAAUCCUCUCUUAUACUUGUUUAAUCCUGAUUUUAGGGAUUGGUUGUCGCGUCAACAACUCGUCAUGAUCGUCCUUUUCAUCAACAUUAGUUUGGCAAUUAUGUUCUUCAAACUUUUGACCUAACCUCCAACAUGAGUGUCAGCUUGGCCACUUUUGAGAGUGCCACUUUGGCAUCUCCUGGAAAGCCUUUACUGUCCUGUAGAAAGUGUCAAGUUGGAGAUCUACUUUUCCUCGCAAAGUUGUCGAUUUUGUGACCUCAUGCAAACUGUGUAUGAUUUUGGAACAAAGAUAUUUGCCCUGUGGUGUUGGACGAACUAAACUGUUUGAAAUAAGACACAUAGACCACAUCUGAUUGUUAGAUUCUAUUAUAAACGAUAGAAGACCUAGAAAAAAAAGAAGCAGAAAUUACACAGUUUGAUCAAAGACAUAUAGGAAAGAAGAAAAGAAGGAAAUUACAGUUUUAACGAAAGAUGUACAGAAAACUGAAGGAAAGAAAAAGACGAAAAUUACACAGUUUUAUUAUAAGAUUUAUGAUUUUUAAUGGAUAGCCGUGUUUAACACCUAUUGAAUGUGGAUGUGUGAAGCCAGAUUGGUUUGAGUAUUUACAAGUUUGUGGGAUAAGACGUAGUUUCCACUUAGAACUUAGUUGUAUACAGAUGUAUAGGUUGAAGUGCAUUGCCAUCAGUGAAUAUGAACUAUGGUAUACAAGGCUGUGAGUUAAGCCGAUUAUCGAAAGUUGUUUACAGAUAACUGUGUUAAGUUGUAAUUCCUUAUUAAUGUAGAAUGUGGUUUUCGAGUCUCUGUGUGUCAUACCACACCUCCCUAUGGGAUUAAAAUGUCCGUGUUAAGCCUUAAAGUUAAGAUGAAUGUGGAACAACGUUUACAAGCCCCUGGCUAAGCCCUGUCAAUAUAUAUAAAGAAUGUGGUAUGUUAGUUUGAAACUUAGACUUCAAAUCCUACCUCCUUAGACAGUGGUGUGAGGACCUGAUUUUACUCUCUUUAGAAGACUUUAAAACCAAUCGCGAGAAACGAUGGACUAUGAUCAUGAUGGCCGGAGCUCAGUAAUUGAUUCAUAAGUCAGAUAAGCCUUCGUCUAGUCAAGUGUUAGUCAGCUUUACAGAAAAUGGGUAGACUGGUCAUAAAAUAGUUAUUUGUUUGUUUGUUUUUGUUGUUGUAGAAAGUAAACCCAAUAGAACGUUCUCGGCUUCAGACUCUACAUUAGCUAAUCCACAUGCCCAGGUUCAAAGGGUUCAUUGACACAGAGUGCUUGCUUAUCAAGAGUUACAACCACGUGGCUCCAUACACUCUGACUCGAUUAUACGUAAUGCAUCUCUAGUCCAUUAAUGUCUGUGAUCGGACUGAGAAAGUUUCUUCAACGUGUGUUGAAAGGGUAGGUGUCACAAGAACUAACCACCUUUCUCCAUCUUGUCAGGUUCGACCCUGGGAAUAAUUUUCUAGGCUUAUUUAUACUGUAUAAUUAAGAAGUCCUGAGGAAUGUUCAUGGACCAGUCAUGCAGAGAUAUACCACAGCUUAGGUUUUAUACUUUGUAAUUCAAGUUAUUUAUUGUACUUUAUUAUUCACUAAUUUCAAAUUUUAAGUUCUCAAAUAACUCACAUUUCUAAAUAUAAAAGAAAACAAUUCUAUAACAUGUUUAAACUAAAAUUUACCUACGGCAUUAAAAAAGCAUUUUUUUAUUCAUAAACGGUGUAUCGUACUCAAAAAGCACAGUGUGAAAGAAGAACUUGGUUUUUAUCAUAGUAAAUAUAUGUUUUUGUUGUUACUGCUGUUUCUUUUUGCUUUGUUUUGUAUGAAUAGAUCAAAACAAGCUUUUUCAGAAAGACGCCAUCUAAUGAGUUCCAAUCAGAGAAGGAUUAUGGAGCCUUUUUUGGCAACUUGACAGAAAGGGUCACAAAUAUUGUAAACUGGUUUUAAAGCUAUUUAUUCAUUCAUACAUCCAUCCAUAAAGCGAAAAGAAAAUGAUUUUUUCCCUUUUUAAAUUUAUUUACAAAGAAUUACGUUAUUUCGAAUAUUAUUUAUAUUGUUAGAGCAAAGCUAAUGUAAUUAACCAAUUAUCGUAUUAUGUCAUCGAUAAACAACAUAUUUACAUAUUUGUAAACAUAACCAUAAAACUUCGAUAUUUUAAUAAAAUUUACAAAGUGAAAAAGGCAAUGUAGAUCAAAUGACGUAUUAAUGGUAUUAUAGACAAAUAUGGAUAAACUGACCUACAAAAUGAUAGUUACUAGUUUGUUUUUUUUCGUUUCUGUUCUGCAUUGUAGGAUGAUAUAGCUAAUAAAACUCGUUUCUAUAUUA